AGCCAAGAGACAUUACUUCACUCUUUCGCAGAUUCGCGCAAUGCCUACGGAUGUUUUGAAACCGGGGCCUGGUAACUCGGACCCAUUGCAGGAAUCUGAAGAAGACCUUCGCGAGUAUGUCAAGAUCAUACGACUGCGCGAUAAAAUCCGCGAUGGCAUGCAUCCUAGAUUCAAGCCAGCAAAUCAUCCGAGAUCUUCUCAAGCAACAACUCCCCAGCCUCUACAAAAAAAUCCCUCCACCUCAUCUGAUGGAGCUCAGCUCUCUCAGGCGCCAGGAUUACAAGCUCCUCAGUGCACAGACUUUAAAAUCAACAAUGUCUUUUUGACAAAAUCUGAUACUUUAGUCAAGGCGGAGUUAAGGUUGAAGAGGGAAAAGAUUGAAAAAGAACUGCAAAAACGAAAGCUUGAGGUUGAAGCCAAGGUUUGGACGGGUGCUGAGCCUGUUGAACACAUUAACUUAUGGGAUCCGAGCACCGAUGUGUUUUCUGACCAGCUGGAAUCUAUUAUGAAGAAAGCUGGCGUUUCUUUCAAAGAAACAAUCCGUUCGAUUAAUUCCGCUCCUAGUAAGCCAGUCGCCGAGGGCAAUGAAAACUCAGAAACUGCUAUCCGUUCAGGGAACCCUGAGACGCAUCAAGAUAGGCAUAUGACAAGGAAAACGUGGAGUGGGCCAGUGGAGAGCACUCUUCCAACUGUAGUUGAAGCUUCCCGUAGGCCCCCCAAAGAGUCUCUCACUCCACGCCAAUUCAGCUCAGACAAGGAGACCCCUACGGUCGAAGAAUCAACGUCGCAGCGAUUGGCCAUUGAUACAGCUUAUGAGCCUCCAAAAGCCCAGGCUCCCGCUGUGCCAUCGCCUAAGGGUGCGAAUGCUCCGUUGGAUGUGAAUAAUGAUGGUUACGAACCAGCGCCUGCGCAUGGACGCCCUUACUCGCCUCCUGCAAGCCCUCGAUAUUCAACCACUAGCCAUCUUAAAUCUCCUGCUGCUCCUCAGCCUGUUCGCCCAGCAAACAUGGCACGUGUGGAAUCACAGGGUCCAAGAGGCAUUGUUGAGAUUGAGGAUGAUGGUGAUGAAAUUCCAUAUUCAAGAUAUGCAGGCAAUCCAGAGAGAGAGCUUCGUAGAGAUAAUGUCUCUCCAAUUUCUCCAGUUCCUCUUAUCAAACAAGAACCGAGAUCACCAUUCCCUGAUGUUCACCCCCCGCGUGUCACAAGGGUGGGGGGUCCUGCAGACACGUACGAUGAACGCCAGCGUCAUGAUUACCCCCCAAUUCCCCCACCACCCCAGCGCUAUAGUUACCAACCUACAGUUCACCCACACCCACCCGCGGCGGGCCAUCAUGUGUACGAUUCCUUUGGGUAUCAUCUACCUCCGCCUCCACCACCUCCAGCACCUGCGCCUGUAUAUACUCGCUAUCCACCUUACGAUCCAGAAUACUAUCAUGCUCCUAGACCGUAUGACGAGUAUGAUCGUAGAUACGCGGCGCCAUCUGCGGUCCCCUCGCGCCUUCCCACACGCUCCGGUAGAAGGUCGGCGUCGCCCGUCAACUACUCUCAACGUUCACCGCGCUCUGUUUCGCCCUCUAGGGUUCGCAAUCCAAAAGAUUCGCGUCCAGUCUCCCGGGCAGAGUACAGACCACCCAGUAGAAUGACUAGACCACCGUCCCCUCAUCGUCUCGACAUGUACAGCAGGCCUUACCCACCACCCCAGCCUCCUAUGUAUCGUCCCGAGUACCCCGGAGAUUAUGCGUCUUAUUACGGGCCGCCUCGUGAGAGACCUACGGGUUACUAUGAUCCUUAUCGUUCUAUGCGCUUUGACGAAUACCCGCCGAGACCCGAGAGCAGCGUUAUUCCUAGGGGGUUUGAUGACAGAAGUUAUAGAACUCGAGAUUAUCCCUAUGUUCCGGCGAGACCAUCGAUGCCACCACCUCAACCAGUGACAGGUGGCUAUGCCCCCGAGCAUAGAGCAGAUUACCCCUCCUCUUCUAGGGCCAGUGUAAGGCCAGAAGACCAUCUAGAGCGUCGCGUUGAAUACAGGCCUGAGGCUAGCAGAGCUAGCCCGAGACGUGAAGACCGCCCGUAUUCCAACGGUGUGGACAACUACUUUCAUGGUAGAGAGCCUUCAGUUAGACAUGGUAGUGUGAGGCCUGACCCAACCAGGGCUUAUGGCGAAGGGGAAUAUGCGCCGAGGAGACAAGCAAGUGUCAGGCCGGAUGCUGGCUUCAGGGACCGGUUCGCCGAUCCGGGUCCUAGAGAGCCAGGACACAUGCAACCACCUCACCUUGUUCCUCCCUAUGCCCACCCUGCUCCUCCCCACCCACCCCUGCCUCCGUUUGCCGGGAGCGGAUAUAGCGAAGGGAGGUAUAGGGGCAACCCCUGAUAAUACCCGAUUUCGAACUUUCCUUUUUCUGUCAAUUCUACCUUUGCUAUAUCAUUGUAACAUCAUCGGUUCGUGGGGGGAUUUUGUGCGUAGAAGUCAUGUUGUUCAAAAAAGGGAGAAGGCAUAAAGUCGGACAAUGGGGAUUGCUAUUUUCUUGUACACCUGCGGGCGAUGACGGUUUUACUUACUGGGAGAUGGGGAGCGGUGGGAGAUCAGCUUGAAAUGGAGUCAUUGUUGCCAAGUAUACCUUUUGCAUUUGCUUUCUUGAAUUGGGGGUGGGGAGGUACUGCAGGCGAGCUACCUUUGUAA